ACAGUGGUUGGUACCUAGCGGUACGCUUUUGUCUGUGGAAUUGAUGCGGAGGGGCGUGAAGAUGGCGGAGUGCUUCGUAGAAAUGAACGGACAGGCGCUGGCUUCCCCAAGGAAAAGACCAAGGCGGGAUGAUACUCAUAAAGUGACAGUUGUUUUAGGUGCACAGUGGGGCGACGAAGGAAAGGGGAAGGUUGUCGAUUUGUUAGCAAUAGACGCAGAUAUUGUUUGUCGAUGCCAGGGAGGGAACAAUGCUGGGCACACUGUUGUGGUUGAUGACCGUGAAUAUGACUUCCAUUUACUGCCAAGUGGGAUCAUCAAUCCCAAGUGCAAGAGCAUCAUUGGCAAUGGAGUGGUGGUCCAUCUGCCUGGCCUUUUUGAUGAGCUGCAGAAGAAUGAGGCCAAGGGGCUCACAAACUGGAAGGACCGCCUGCUGAUCUCUGACAGGGCUCACAUUGUGUUUGACUUCCAUCAGCCUCUACUGGGUGGCUUGGUCUGUGUGUUGCAGCAGGUAGAUGGUCUGCAGGAGCUGGAGAAGGGGAAAAAAUCUCUUGGCACAACGAAGAAGGGCAUCGGGCCCACAUACUCAUCUAAAGCCACACGUAAUGGGAUCCGUAUAGCUGACCUUCUUGGGGACUACAGCCAGUUUGUGGAGAAAUUUCAGGGUUUGGCAGCAGUGUAUCAGCGCAUGUUCCCAGAUCUGCAAGUUGACGUGGAAGCAGAACUAGUCCGAUAUAAAGCAUUUGUUGAGCGAAUUCGACCGUAUGUAGUGGAGUCAGUGUCUUACCUUCACUCUGCUCUUUGGAGCGGCCAAAAAGUGCUAGUAGAGGGAGCAAAUGCAGCCAUGCUUGACAUAGACUUUGGAACGUACCCUUACGUCACCUCAUCCAACUGCAGUAUAGGAGGGGUCUGUACUGGUUUAGGGCUGCCCCCAUGCAACAUUGGUGAAGUAAUUGGCGUGGUGAAGGCAUACACUACCAGAGUGGGCGAUGGCCCUUUUCCCACUGAACUGUUGGAUGCUACUGGAAAUCUCCUGCAGACUCGAGGCAGAGAGGUUGGCGUGACAACCAAGAGAAAGCGGCGUUGUGGUUGGCUUGACCUGGCACUACUCCAGUACACAACCAUGGUGAACGGGUACAGUGCGUUGUGUGUAACCAAGCUGGACAUCCUCGAUACACUGGCAGAGAUAAAAGUGGGCAUAUCAUACAAAAGCAAGGGCGAGAAGCUCAACUAUUUCCCAUCCAACACUGCAGAACUUGCAGGUGUAGAGGUGGAGUACAUCACUCUGCCUGGCUGGCAGACAAGCAUAGAGGAUGUUCGAGAUUACGAGAAAUUGCCACACAAUGCGAAGAAGUACAUUCAGAUGAUAGAAGAGCAUAUCCAGGUGCCUGUGAAGUGGAUUGGUGUCGGAAAAGAUCGUGAGUCCAUCAUCAACGUGUACUAGCACAUCUGGCUGGAGCACUCUCGCCAUCUUCACAAGUAAUGUUGGAAGCCUUUCUCUGAAUACCACCGCCUGCAGGCCAGGCCGCUCCUGUGAUGGUAAUGCAUCAAUCCUCUGAAAUUUUGGAUGUUUUAACCCUUCCCAAGCAGUAUAAAUUUGUAUCCAAAAUUAGUAGCUGUGUGCUGUUUACAUUUCUUAAGUUUGAAUCUCAAGAAUAAUCAUAAAUAGUUUAUACAGUACCUAGCAUUGUUCAGUGUUCUAUAUUUAUAGGCAUUUAUCUCAGUAAAGGAUGAUCUGUCAUUUACAUUAUUACACAUAUUAUUAUUAUUAUAUGCAUUUUUUUUGCAAGCACACAUACAAAUAAUAUUUUGAUAAAUUUUUAUGUGGAUAUUAUCUUAAUGGGGGACACAGCCAAAUUUUCAUUUAUCUACUCCAUUAUUUCAAUGUGGCCACCCCAAGAGUUUUGUGGGUGGGAGCAUUAUCACCAGAACCCAGGGUUCUGAAUAUUUGUACAGUUUUAGAUGUUUGAAAGUUAUAAUGCACAAAGUGACAACCAGGAGAAACAUUAAUUGGUAGGUUUCAUGCUGACAACUCUUGAACUAUUAUAGCUAGAUAUGUGAACUUUUCUGAUGCUUUGUGGUAUACAUCCAUACAGAUUUGUUUCAAAUACUUUCAUCUCUACUUAAAAGUACGAACAUGGCGGAGCUGCAAAACUUUUUAGAAAUGUUAUGUGCUGGAAAUAUAUGGAAAGGAAAAUGUCUUGCCACAAAGAACAGGGUUUGAAGCUGUACUCCAUAAAGUAGUGUACCUUCCUGUCAUGUCUUAUGAUAUGAAGAAUCAUAAGUAGAUGAAUGUUUAUUGGUUUCUGUGCACAGUACCUAGUAAUUUUUGGAUGUGUGGUACAUCUCGAAACAGGAAUGAAUUGUAUAUCCAUUCAAGUGUUGCAGCAGUAUAUGGUCUCGUUUGGUGGCUCUGGCCAUGUUUUCCUUUCUUAUUUGUUGUCUUUCACUCAGCCCCAGCUUUUUCUCAGGAGGGCCAAUGGAUGGUCUACUUUAUCCUGUACAGUCUCCAGCCUCUGAUCAUGAGACAGACAGUGAUGACUUUUCUUCCUUCUGCACUGAUUCAUAUAACAAAUAUGAAUUGUAACACUGACCUCCAGUAGCCAGAAGAAUGCCUUCAUCUACCACUUUUAAUUUCUUCUGAGGAAUUGAUACAGUGGUCACUCUAGUCCACACCUCCCAUACGGUUUUUACACUGGAGAGGCAUUGGGGUAGUAUGUGGGAGUAGCUGUUGAUAUGUCAUGCUUGCUUUCCGUGUGAAAAGUGCCCAGCGCUGUUCCCCUUUUCUUCCACAUACAUGCAUGCACAAAGGUGCCAGUCUUUUUCUGUUUCUAAAUGCCAAAACAUCUCUGAUCUUCAUUUUUAUACCUUUCUUGAUUUCAACUGGUGUAGCCUUCCAAGAGGCUGUUUCUGUCCUUGUCAUCAUGUUCACUCCCAACAACCCAUCGGAUAGUUCUGUUGAUGCGUGAUAGCUGUCUGUGUAACUGGCAGCAUGAUGAUUGAACUCUAGGAUCCUUUACUGAGAUGAACUCAUCUUUCAUAAUACGUGUGGUUUCCAGUAGGGUGUUGGGGUUUGAUUUCGUUUGUACCAGCAUAUGGCUGGAAAUUGUGAACAUACCCGUAGUAACUGUCUGAUAAUGUGAACAUUUUACUGGUUUCAUCAGGUUACUCACUUUGAAAAGCUGCCUUUCGCUCGAAAGAAACUACUUUCACGGCCUGGAGUACAGUUCAACAUGCAUUUUGAUUGUAUUGUGUUCAGACUGGCUUUCCCCAUGACAUUCUCUUCAGCCAUGGCAGAUGUCUCAUAUUUGUAACAUAACCAACUAGUGCCUUCAUAUCUAUCUGUAACAGAACUCUGCCUCCUUGUGACAUCGUGGCUCACUUUGUGUUGGGACUUCGGUUUAUAAUAUUGCCAUAGAAAGUUGUUUCGUUGGUAAUAAGGUUGAAUAAAUUCUGAUUGAAAAUAAUUUAAAAUAUUCAGUCAGUUCUGUAUUAGUGUCUGUAGCCUUCACAUCAUUACACCCUCUUGGUAGCUGGAGCCACUGGCCUGUCACGUGCUGACUGUCUGAUGUGCUACUGUUGCAUUCAUUUUCUUCAUAUUUGCCAGUUUCACUGUCCCUUUCACCAUAUUGUAAUUCUGAAAGAUUGUCAUCCACACAGUCAAAAACUGAACUAUAACACCAUCAUUAAUGGCUAUAUUUUAUGCCAUACUGCAUUCUAGGAGUCAUGGAAACUAAAAGGUUUUUUCCUGCAGAGUUUGUCUUCAGAAUAUGUCUUAAGAGUUCAGUAAACUGACACAUAGACUGCAGUAAUGUAUGCCUGUGACAUAUGCAGAAUCAACACAAUAUCAUAAAGAAAAAAGGUGUUUUGAAUUCCGAAAUACUGCAUGUGUUGAUGGUGUGGGGUUAGGUACGUAUUUGGAUAUUGCUUGGGAAGGGUUUUGUACAGAAUUAUGAGGACCAGGAUGGCAGAUCUGUUUCCAGCAGAAACUAUUUUGUGCUAAUGAGCACAUGUAGUGUAAUCCUUAGGUGCAAUUGUUUUCACUCUGCUUGCUUCUAGUGGUGAGGGACUUGCACAAUGUUGCUAUUUAUUUGUUUAGAGUUAUGAACAAAAGCAAGAUCUGAUCAGUUGGUUGGUAGCAGUUCAUGUUGUGUGUCAUUAUUGUAAUGACUGGAGUCAUAUUGUGACUGUUAUUAGGGUAAUGGUCUCCUGCUUUAGAUAUUGUUAGGUGGGGGAAAAUAUGCCAAAGAAAUUGUAAAUAUCUGAGCAUGAUGUCUUGCUGUACAGUGUUUUUUUGAUUUGUGCAUUGUGCUGUACCCAUAAACUGAGAAUUCUCUUGGCUGUCUUCUGGGUUUUAGCACAUGUAGUCAGGUAGAAGUUUACCAGUAUUUCAGACAGAGGGCCAUUAUCAGGUACCAGACUACAUGCUGCUACAACUCAUAAGACAGGCAUAUUUGUUCUCACCAUAAGAACUUCAAAUCCCACUGUGAAUUCUGUUGCUCGUGCAUUUAAUAUGUUAUGACAACAGAUGUGCAGUCGAAGGCCUUCAGAUUUUAUUUGAUUCAGAACAAAAAAAAAUAAACAUCCCAUCCAUAAUUUAUAUUUGCCCACAGUUUAAUAAAUACCCUUUUUCAGUCCCAAUGAUUUCUGUAUUUUUUUGAUGCAUUUAAUUCUUGUCUAAGUAUAAUGAAUAUGCCUUUUCUCACAGUAAUAUCAUUUUCAUCUGACGAGAGUAUUAUUAGGUUUGCUGUUUAAUAUAAUCACUGAAUUUCAACAUAAGUUGAUCUGCUUCAAGGGUGAAGUCAGCUUAUGGGUACAACAGAAUCUGGUGUGAAUGUAUUGCUGGGUGAUUAGCUCUCCCGACUGUAUUUUUAGCUCCGUUUGAGUUACGUCUUCCCAACAGGGGCAGCCUCAUCAUGUCAGGUGCGCACAGACUGUUGUAGCAUUCUGUCAUUUACAUCCAUCAGGACUGUUGCUUGUAUGUAAGUUGUGAGAUACCAAUACAAUGGCUGUUCUUCCCUGUA